CCACACAUUCACAUUCAUUCAUUUUCCCCCAAACCCAAUUCAAUGGCAAUCCCCUGCCCCCAUUUCAUUGCCUCCGAGAAAGCAGCCAUGGAAGCUGGCCUUCUUCUCCCCUCUUCCUCUCUCUCCCAGCUCAUUCUCACCCAAGACGAUUUGAAGAAAAUCGCCGCCUACAAAGCCGUCGAGUACGUCGAAUCCGGUAUGGUUCUCGGCCUCGGAACCGGCUCCACUGCCAAACACGCCGUCGACCGAAUCGGCAAGCUUCUCCGUCAGGGCAAGCUCAAGGACAUCGUCGGAAUCCCCACUUCCAAGAAGACGCACGAGCAAGCCCUCUCUCUCGGGAUCCCCUUAUCGGAUCUGGACUCUCACCCCGUCGUUGAUCUCGCCAUUGACGGUGCCGACGAGGUUGAUCCUUACCUUAACCUCGUCAAGGGCCGCGGUGGCUCCCUCUUGAGGGAGAAGAUGGUUGAAGGUGCUUGCAAGAAGUUCGUUGUAAUCGUCGAUGAGUCCAAGCUCGUUAACUAUAUUGGUGGUAGCGGUUUGGCUAUGCCCGUUGAAGUUAUUCAAUUUUGUUGGAAGUUCACUGCUUCCAGGCUUCAGAAUCUCUUUCAGGAAUUUGGUUGCGUUGCAAAGCUCAGAACUUUGGGCGAAAAGGCUGAGCCUUAUGUCACUGAUAAUGGCAACUAUAUCAUUGAUUUGUAUUUCAAGCAGAGUAUUGGGGAUUUGAAGGCUGCCAGCGAUUCCAUUCUGCAAAUCGCCGGUGUUGUGGAGCAUGGAAUGUUCAUUGACAUGGCUACCACUGUUAUUGUUGCAGGUGAACUUGGCCUAACUGUCAAGAAUAAGUAGUAGCUUAAUUCAAACACCAUUAAAUGACAUGAACAAUAAUGUAGGCAAAAUUGGAAUAAUCAGGGAGGUAGUUUAAUUCGUCAAGGUUGAUGCUUUGACAUUUGGGGUGCCCUUUGGGGGCUUCUAACAUACGAUAUCUGGUAUAGUUCCAUGACAAUUAUGUGUCUUGUAAAAUAGUCAAGGUGAAUGGCAAAUGACCUUGCUAGUCAAUAUAUUAUUAUUUGGCUUAAAAACAUUUUAUAUGGUAGAAGUAAUACUUUAUCUUCACUAAUGUGGUUACUUUCUCUCUCUCAUUCAUAAUGUGUUUGAUUUUGAUGUGAUCUUCACUCUAAUACAAAAUCUUCUUU